AUGUUAUUGGGUGAACAAUUUUCUGAGUUGGGCACCUUCAUUGUUCCUAAUGGCAACCGAACAUGGCAAGUUAGAAUAGAAAAAAAUGGGAAUGGGAAGAAGAAGAAAGAUGUUUGGUUCAAAGAUGGUGUUAAUGAUUUUUUCAAGUUCCAAAAUCAUAACAAGAACCACAAUGAUGAUGGUGAUGAAAAUGAUGAUAAUGAUGCUGGUGUUGAUGAUGAAAAUGAUGAUGUAGAGAUUUUGAAUGUUAAUCCAUCUCCUCAUGGCACAUUUAAACGAAAAUCCUUCAAGAGUCCACAAAAGAAAGGUAGGCCUAGAAAGCAACAAAAAAGUACUAAUGUUGCUCCCAUGGCCGCCGCUGGACCAAGUCAAGUUUCAACUAAGAAAAAGAAACAAAGAGAGAGCUUUAACAAGGCUCAACCAAUGAAGAAGGUGUUCAACUCAUUGCUUCUAGAGCACUAUAAUCACAAUGAUGAUGGUGAUGAAAAUUAUGAUUAUGAUGCUGGUGUUGAUGAUGAAAAUGAUGAAGAUGAAAAUGAUGAUGUAGAUAUUUUGAAUGUUAAUCCAUCUCCUCAUGGCACAUUUAAACGAAAAUCCUUCAAGAGUCCACAAAAGAGAGGUAGGCCUAGAAAGCAACACAAAAGUACUAGUGUUGCUCCCAUGGCCGCCGUCGGACCAAGUCAAGUUUCAACUAAGAAAAAGAAACAAGGAGAGAGCUUUAACAAGGCUCAACCAAAUGAAGAAGGUGUUCAACUCAUUGCUUCUAGAACAAUAUGUGUCGAGAUAGACUAUCCAUUUGACUAUGUUCCAAGGUUCCAAAACCAUAACAAGAACCACAAUGAUGAUGGUGAUGAAAAUGAUGAUAAUGAUGCUGGUGUUGAUGAUGAAAAUGAUGAAGAUGAAGAUGAUGAUGUAGAUAUUUUGAAUGUUAAUCCAUCUCCUCAUGGCACAUUUAAACGAAAAUCCUUCAAGAGUCCACAAAAGAGAGGUAGGCCUAGAAAGCAACACAAAAGUACUAGUGUGGCUCCCAUGGCCGCCGCCGGACCAAGUCAAGUUUCAACUAAGAAAAAGAAACAAAGAAAGAGCUUUAACAUGGCUCAACCAAAUGACGAAGGUGUUCAACUCAUUAUUUCUAAGAGUGGAAAUAGCUCAAGAUGA